AUGCCAGCCUCUCAACUCGACCUGCCUCCUUGGAUCCCUCCCAAGCCCACGACGGCUACAGGUAAGCUGUGUGCUGCGGCAAUCAAUCGCUACACUUCGAGCCCUUCUGACCAGUGACUUGCUCUGUUCACCGCCUGCAGACCUCGAGUGGGCGCCGCUGAACACGCUUGACCUCUCGCUCAUCAAGGGUGAUAAUUACGACGAGAUUCCCACAUCGCUCGUCCAGAACGUCGGAGAGAGCUUCAACAGGGAUGGGUUCAUGUAUGCAGAGAACCAUGGCUGGAGCCACGAUCAGGUGUUGAGGCAGUUUGCCAUUGGACAAGCUGCUUUCAACAUCGUUUCGGACGAGGACAAGGUCAAGUACAAGGCUGAUAUGAUCAACAAGGGCUCCUUUGUCGGCUUCAAGCCCGCUGGUCACUGGAAGUCUGGCGAUGCGGCAGUCGCUGACAGGAUCGAGGUGAGCUUCGCGUCGGCUCGACUGAUUGUCGUGGCAGGAGAAAUGAUGAGCGGUCGCAAGAGCUGACCCUCAAUCGCUGCGCCCUAUGCAGCAACUCAACUUUGGCACCCAAUCAUUUUCUCAAGAGGCUAGGCAGAGGCUGUACCCUCAGUCCAUUCAGCACUUGAUUCCCGAGAUCGAUGACUUCAACCACGUGAGUGUGACGUGCGCGACUGGUACGCAGUCUUCAUCUACACCUUGGGCUCAGCUGACCCGGCUUUCUUGUUACAGUUCAACCACGAUGUCGUGCUGCGCAAGGUCCUCAACGUGCUGUCGCUGGUGCUCAAGCUGCCCGUUGACACGCUUUGGAAUUUGUCGAACGACGCGUCUCAAGGUCUUGACCUGUUGCGAUACGCCCUCUACCACACCCCUGAGGAGAAGGACGACAAAGCUCUUGGUGGAGUUCGCCUACAGGGUCACACCGACUUUAACAGCGUCUCCAUCUUGUGGUCACAACCUAUCACGUCCCUGGAAGUGCUCAUGCCAGACAACCAGUGGCGUCUCGUCAAGCAUCGUGACAACGCAGUGAGUCGCUCACUCCAUCGCAGUCUCUUCGACGCUCUGCUUGCUGACCAGCGCAUUUCGUUCUCAUACGUCGUUCCAGAUCGUGUUGAAUUUGGGUGACGCUAUGCAAUUCUUGUCCGGAGGCUUCCUGAAGCCCACCAUUCACCGAGUGGUUGCACCUCCAGCUGAUCAAGCUCACUAUGAGCGUCUCGGCGUCUUCUUCUUUGGCCUCUUCAACGAUAACGUUCCUCUCGAGCCUCUAACCGACAGUCCGAUCGUCCAGAAGGCUCUAGGCGGCAAGGAUCUCUGGGCAGAGACCCGGGCAGCAGGCAAGAAGAUCCCCACUGCUGGCGAUUGGGAGCGCGAGCGUGUCCGUCGUUACGGCCAGGGAGGUGUGAAGAAGGGGGAGAAUGGAGAGGUGCACAAGCACGAGGAGUUUGCCGGUCAGAAGAUUUACGAGUACGGAGGACCUAGAGCUGGCGCUGCGCCAGCUCAGGCUGGCAUUUGA